CUGGCUACGCAUGCGCUGCACGAAGUUAGUUUUGGCAGGAUUCGAGUCGUUGGACUAUAGUUCUCUAACUCAGCAAAGUCAAAUUAGCAAUUGCAAACUGCAUGUUCUUGUGACCCUUUGUAGAGGACUAUGUAAACUGGAAAUUUUCCGGUCUGUGGCUCUGCCCUCUCUUCUGGGCAAAUGACGUAAUCUUUGCAUUUCACAUUCUUCCUAAAAAAAGGAAAAGUAGUGCGGACUACAAAAGAGUCAUGUCGGAUGGAACGAGGCAGCCACAAUAGCAACGCAGAGGAGGGGGCCAGGCUCCCGGGCCACUGCAUUCCACGCGCCUGGGACGCAGCACGCCUGGGGCGAAGGGCCCCGGGCAAGGCCCUGCUCACACUGCCCUGCGUGGCUGGACAGCUUGCCCGCGGAAGUCUUGCUGAAGAUUCUGUCCUACCUGGAUGCUGCCGCCCUGCUGUGCAUGGGAUGUGUGAACAGGCGCUUCUACCACCUGGCCAAUGACAAUCUUAUUUGGAUCAGAAUCUACUCAUCUGCCUUUUCCCCUAAAAGAUACAACUGGAGAGCCGAUUCGGUGGGGAGGAUGGCAGGGUCCAUGAGCCUGCUCUCGGUGGAGGACAGAGAGGCUGGGCACUGGAAGAGAGAGUAUGUCAUGAGGCGGAUGGCCUCCCUCAAGGCGGCUCUGGCUCAGGUCCUCAAACCCGUCAACCUCUACACGGGCCUCCCGGAGAAAACCAAGGAGGCCCUCAGAAUAUCGGGUAUCGGCUGGGUAAUCAUACUGAGAGAGAAAAGCGGAAGGGAGCACGUCCUGGAGCACGUCGACCUUCUCAUCAACGAGUCCUCGGUCACGAUCGCGUGGUACGGCAAAGCCUGGCCCUGCCUGGCUGCGCUGUCCACCUUGGACCUGUGCGGUGUGAUGCCGGUGUUCACGGACUGGCCCAAACCCCCCACCAAGAAUGGGCCUCGGUGGUGCUCCCUGGUGGCCAGGUACAGUCUGAGCGACAUAACCGACUCCGCCGUGAUUGGCUGCGACCACCUUGUUCGGCUCUGCCGCCUGGACCCGGGGCUGCUGGUGGGGCUGUGGAAGAGGAAGGAAGAGCUGGCUUUUGUCGUGGCGAAUCUUCAUGUCAGUCGCCUCGUGGAGCGGAGCACACUGGGCUCGGCCACCGUCCCCUACGAGCUGCCCCCUCACGGCGCUCUCUCGGACGACAGCCCCGGGCGUGGACUGCACGGGUACCAGCUGCACCUGGACCUGCACGGCGGUGGGGCCUUCUGCCUGUGCAGCACAUUCGGCAACCUCUUCACCGACACAGGAUGCAUUGAAAAUGGCCACGUGAAGCUCGUGGUGAUACAUCUUCAGAACAGCGUGGAGCACCUGCCUCUGGUCGGGGAAGUCGGCCUCUGCUGGAGAACCGACGUCGUCGAUGGCUGCGUGAAGAGUUGUUCUAUAAUGGACGUAACUCUUUUGGAUGAAUAUGGGAAACCCUUUUGGUGUUUCAGUUCCCCAGUUUGCAUGCGAGCGUCUCCCGGCCCCCGUGACGGUCCCGGCUCCACGGGGCCCACGUCCUGCAUCGACUACGAGGACGCGGCGGGUGCGGUGCACAUGGACCUGGCGCGGAUCGAGGAGACGGGGGAGCACUUCAUCGUUGGCCUGGAGCUGCGCCUCAGCCUGGCGAAGAUCAACCGCUGGUUCGGGACGCACUACUGACCUCUGGCAGGAGGGUGGACGGAUAUGUGUUUUAUUCUGAGUCAGCCAGAUUGGUUCUUGGUGUUGGAAGUUACAAUAAAACAGUGGUCUGCUCGAUGCCUCCUUAUUUCACAUUAGA